UGGGACAGACACAAGUGGCGAGCGGUCCAACGCCCCGAAGCCCAAAGCCCUCGUCGCCAUUCCGUCUCAGAUUCGGAUAAGGAAAAGAAGGACGCCUGUCCAAUGGAAUUGGGAAACUUUGGGGCUCUUUAAUGGUGAAGAAGCUGAACUGUCUAAACCUUCAAAGGAUCCUAAAUCAAAACACAAGAGCGACAUAGCCAUUGGUACUGAUUAUGCAUAUUCAAUGGGGAUGGCUGUGUGUUCUAGCUCAGAAGUGGGUGACUGCUCUUUUCAAGGCUCCCAUUCAGCGUCUGCUGAUUCUUCCAAGGCAAAGAAGAGAAUACAAGAAAUCAGUAGGUCAGUUGAAGGAUUCCUUCAUAAUGACAGGGUUGUCAAAUCCAACACCUCAGAUCCCUGUAUCGGGACUGGUAUUGAGAAUUCCACUUCUUCAAGUUAUAUCAUCUCAUCAAUUUGUGAGAAAAGUAUGCUGAGCACAUACUGCCAAGUAGAAGGCUGCAACAUCGACCUCACUACAGCUAAAGAUUAUCAUCGGAAGCAUAGAGUUUGUGAAGACCAUGCCAAGUCCCCUAAGGUUUCUGUUGGUGGUCAAGAAUGCAGGUUUUGCCAACAAUGUAGCAGAUUCCAUGCUUUGUCAGAGUUUGAUCAGAAAAAGCGAAGUUGCCGCAAACGCUUAUUUUAUCACAAUGCACGUCGACGCAAGCCACAGCUAGGUACAACCUCAUGCAGUUCUCCAACACUACCUGCAUCUCUCUACGAUGAUGGACGGCAGGCAAACCGUAUGUUUGUUAGAGCUCCAUUUAGUCAAAUGACAACCAGGGCAAGUUCGAUAAGGGAUCACUCGAGCAGCUUACAACAUACUCAAACCGGCGAAUCUUCCAUGAUGAAGUUGAGUAAAACGAAGGGCGUUAAAAGGCAACUUAUUUUUCCUUCCAGUGGUCUAUUGUUUAAUGGCUCAGCAGUUAGCCAUGAUAUGAGCUGGCUCUUAGCGUCCGGAGUAGCAGCUGCGGAGGUCCCCGAUCAAGGCCUAGAACUGAAUAUCGCAUUCCGCUCAGACGGAGCACCAGAUGUUCAUAGUGCUUACUCUCUUCUGUCAACCAAAUCUCAUACUCCACCAAACAGAGGAACUACUUCUAAUGCUCAGUUUGCAUAUGCGAAUAACAACAACGAUGCAGCUCGUCCCACAUUGCACGCAUUCAACGAAACGAAGGGCCUAGCGACAUCACUACCAUUCGAGCAACCGUCGUCAAAGACAUCCUUUGGCACGGGUUUCUUCGACUCCAGUCAACCAGGUUAACAUCCUUUGAAAUGAAAUUUGAAUCAGGUGUUCAAUCUACAUGUUCCUGUUUAUGUCCAUGUCGAAUCACCUUGCUUAUUGUUCGAUUUAUGGGAUCGACGAAUCUCUUCGCCUAUGAAUUGGAUCACUUUGUAACGACAAAGAAAACCAAGUUUAAGUUUUCACUAAUUUUAUUUUUCCUGAAUUGCUUUUCCUGUGACAUUGAAAGCAUGAACAUGUUCUUCCUCUGUAUAGAAGGAUAUAAGAUAUAGUGCUUCUUUAUUAUUUCCAUUGCAAAAA